AUGGAGGAGCUCUUCGCGAAUUCUUUCGUGCAAAGUUUGAUCGAUCCUAACUUGGUUCAAAGUACAAAAAUGAAAUGCAGAGAGCGAAAGCUUGCCUUUAGACGUCGAGCGAUAUUUUGCACAUCUACCAAAUUUUUAUCACAACAACAUUCACUAGUAACGCGCUGCCUGUGUGAACGUCUACGACUUGAUGCUCUAUGCCAAAUGCAAUAUGAUCGAUUAGGACCAACAUCUCCAAACCAAGAUCAGUCAGCUUGGAAUGAAUGGCGGGAUGCACAUCUUAUUUCUUUACUGACAAUA